GGCAACGACUCGUUUCGCCGUGGUAAUCUCUCGUCCAAUCUCUCGACAAAUUGAGGCGUAUUCUUGGCGAAAAGACGAUUUUUUUUCUUGUUUAUCUUGAUCCAAAGAUUUUCUUGCACUCUUUGAUCGUGUAUAGGGUUUAUUGAGACGAGGGGAUCUUGUUUUGUUCGUUUGGUUGGUUAACAAUUGGGCAUUUUCCUUACUAGAUCGAUUGAUCGAGUGAGAGAUGCCACGGACGGUCUCUCGGUCUCCUUCGUAUCGGAGAAGGCGCUCUCCUUCUCCCAGGUACAGCAGCAGGAGAAGCAGAAGGGAUCGCAGCCGCUCCCCUUAUUCUUAUAGGAGGAAAAGUCGUUCUUCUUCCCCAAGAUGGCAUAAAAGCCGUUCACCGAGUCCUCGGAGGCGGAUAAGUCGUUCUCCAUCACUAAGACGACACAAAAGGCGAAGGAGUAGGAGCAUGUCAGGUUUGCCCAUCAACAAGUCUGAAAGUCCUAGUCUUGGGUCCAUAGAGCGAAAAACUGCUCUUGAGACACAAAGGCAGGAAGAAGAAAGGAAACGGCGUCAGAAGGAAGCAGAACUGAAACUUUUAGAAGAAGAAACUGCUCAAAGAAUUGAGGAAGCCAUUAGAAAGAAAGUCGAGGAGUCCUUGAACUCUGAUGAGGUUAAGCUUGAAAUACAAAGACGGAUUGUUGAAGGUCGGAAAAAACUAUUUGAUGAGGUUGAAGCCCAACUUGAGAAAGAAAAGGAAGAGGUUCUUAUCGAGGCAAGGAAGAAAGCGGAACAAGAAAGGAAGGAGAGAGAGGAGUUGGAUAAGAUGCUCGAGGAAAAUAGGAGAAGAGUGGAGGAGGCUCAAAAGAGAGAAGCUUUAGAACGACAGCAAAAAGAGUUGGAGCGGUAUCUGGAACUGGAACAAAUACAGAAAGAAAAGGAAGAAGCAAUGAGAAGAAAGAAAAUGGAGGAAGAAGAAGAGAAGGCGAAUCAGAUGAAGCUAUUGGGUAAAAACAAGUCUCGGCCAAAGUUAUCAUUUGGGAUAGGUUUGAAGUGAGAAAUUCCCAAAUUAGUUUGGCUUUCUAAUCAUAAAUGUUCUUGUUAUUGGUUGUUCUGAUAGUUAUUGGACUGGUACUAGCUAAAUUGCCAAAUGCUGAAGAUCUCUCACAUGGACCUUAAUUUGUAGAGAUCAUUGGAAAUCAGACUUUAGUCUUCAUCUUUAAUUCUCCUUAUUCAUUUUCUCUUA